UUUCUCUUCUGUCAGUCAGUCGGUAUUCGUGGCGAUAGAUAUCAACUUGUGUUUGUUCUUGCAAAUAUGAUUCAAUAAAAGAAACAACUGAAUUUUUAGGUGUUUUUUCAAAUUAAAACGAUUCCAAACUAUUCAUAGAAUUAUUUGGAAAAAGCCAAACCAUCACAAUGAGUUGUUGGACAGAUCCUCAGUGCCUUUUGUUUGUAAGUUCAGCUCUGCUAGCUGCGGUAGCUGUAGCGAUUUUCAUAGCGGUGAAGGCAGUGACAACGCCACUUCCCCAAAUCGUUCGGUUUGAAGAGGAGAAGUAUUACUCGGAUCCGGUGUCGAAGACAAAACAACCAUUCCCAUCAAUUAAUGACAGUCCAAGAAUUGCAUUGAGUGUCAUUGUGCCCGCAUACGAAGAGGAACGACGAUUACCAAAAAUGCUUGACGAAGCAUUGGAGUAUUUAGAAAAACGUUCGCAGAAAGAUGUAACAUUCCAGUAUGAAGUGAUUGUCGUGAGUGAUGGCAGCAAAGAUUCGACGGUUCAAGUGGCGAUGGCCUAUAGCAAAAAGUAUACAGCGGAUAAGGUUCGAGUGUUGGAAUUGAUUAAAAACCGUGGUAAAGGUGGUGCUGUGCGAUUGGGCAUGUUAAGUGCUCGCGGUCGCCAAUUGCUCUUUGCCGAUGCAGAUGGUGCGACUAAGUUUGCCGAUUUGGAGAAGCUCGAAACUGAAAUGCGAAAAUUGACGCCGCCUGAAGAAUGGGAGAAUCCAGCCAUUGUGAUUGGUUCGCGGGCGCAUUUGGAAGAGGAAGCCAUUGCUAGUCGCAGUUUCUUCCGUACAAUUUUGAUGCAUGGUUUUCACUUUUUGGUCUGGUUAUUUGCCGUUCGUGGCAUUCGUGACACUCAAUGUGGAUACAAAUUGCUCACGAGGUCCGCUGCACAUCAUCUUUUCAAUCUGUUGCAUGUUGAACGAUGGGCAUUCGAUGUCGAGCUCAUGUUUUUGGCUCAAACACUGAAAAUCCCAAUUGAAGAGGUCGGCGUCAACUGGACCGAGAUUGAAGGCUCGAAAAUUACACCAGUUUGGACUUGGAUCCAAAUGGGUUGCGACCUGUUCCUAAUUUGGUUUAGAUAUGCCAUCGGAGCCUGGCAAAUCGUUGGCUUCGGAAGCAAUAAGGUUAAAUCCAACUAGUGAUCUUAUUCCAUCAUCAAUUUCCAAAGAGUCAUUUUGUGCAUUUUCCAAUGAUGUGCUUUCCUGGCUGCUGAUUUUGCAGAACGCACACACACACACACACACACUGGAACCGUUUGAAUGUCGUUUAGACGCUUAAGAAUGAAUAUUGAAAUAAAAGGCAUUUUUAAAACAGCAAUUAUUAUAGUUGAAACUAGAGUUACGCAAGAAA